AUGGCCUGCUACGACCUCUGCCGUCCCUGCGGACCCACCCCGCUGGCCAACAGCUGCAACGAGCCCUGUGCCCUGCAAUGCCAGGACUCUCGUGUCAUCAUCAACCCUUCCCCUGUGCUGGUCACCCUGCCAGGACCCAUCAUGACCUCCUUCCCCCAGAACACCGCUGUUGGAUCCACCUCCUCGGCUGCCGUGGGCACUGAGCUCAGUGUGCAGGGACAGCCCAUCUCUGGUGGAUUUGGUGGCUUUGGUGGCUUUGGCUAUGGCCGUGGAUUUGGCUAUGGGCUGGGAGGCCUGGGCUGCUACGGCAGAAGGGGAGGCUACAACUGCUAAGGACUCAUCACAGCAAACUCUGAAAGUAACCACCCCCUCCCUGAACACAUCUCAGGCAUUGAGGUCUCCUUUCUGAACCAAGGCUCUCAAACAGGUUCAGCACUUUUAGCUCCUACUCUCAGGUCUUUAAGCACAGCAGUAGCCAAGGCCCAUCUGCCUGCUCCUCUUCCUUCAUUUUCUGCUCUGCAUCACUCCUUUGGCUCUGUGCAGUCCCCUGUGCUGCAAACCCUCCAAAGCCAGAGGCUGUCGGGCACCUCUGCUGAGCUGCUCCCACUGUGGGGCAGGAAGGGCUUGGUGCUCUUGCC